UUGGGUAUGGGAAGUCACAUAUUCUCACAGCAAUAGCUUGCUUUCUUCUCCGGAGCGAAAGGCGUGUUGUAUAUCUUCCCGAUUGCCGCGAACUGGCUUUAAACCCAGUAAACUACAUCAAAUCAGCCUUAUUUCUCACAUAUGUGGAUGAUAAUGCGAAAAUAAGCGAAAUUAAUGCCUGUGAAAAUUUUGAUCAAAUCGUAAAAUUUUGUGAAUCAUUAAACGAAACGCUAUAUUUUAUCGUAGACCAAAUGAAUGCUCUGGAUGAUUCUAGUAAUACUGGAAUUAAACGAAACCUCGAUAAAAUGUGUGCAGACCAUUUUUAUAUUAAGAGUUCUUCACCAAACAACCAAGUAGUAUUGCACCUUAGGCAAAAACAGACCAAUGAAAAGAAAAUUGAACUUUAUGGAGGGUUCGAUAAGGAGGAGAUGGAAGAGUGGUGGGAGAAGCAUAAUUCCGUUUUACCAACAAUGAAUAAUCAGCAGAAGGAUCGAAUUGAAGACAUCACCGGCAAUAUUCCGCUCUUCUUAAACGUUUUGCUGGAAUCUGAUUGCAAGGAUUUUGAAGAUGCAUUGGGCUACUUAGAUCAACAAUUAAUAUCAAAGAUACAAGAGCCGAUGACGAACUUUUCAGACACCAUACCAGAAAGAAGACGGGAAUUUCACGUCAACUUGAUGUCAUCGUUCCUGACAAAAAAAUGUCCUCCAAGUGGCUACGGAGUUGAUGAUUUUGAUCAUCGCUUCUUCUACAUUGAAGAUAAACUCUGUCAUUAG